AUGUGGGACUAUGAACAAGAACAACAAAUAUUACGUGAAAUGAAUAGCAGACAUCAUCAACAACAACGAAAUGUACAGACGAAUCAAUUGUCAAUGGAUAUGAGAAAUUGGCAAAAUGAAAAUCCUUGGAAUGGAGUAUUACCUAGUGCAAUUCCUCACAAUUAUACACAACAAUAUUAUCAACAAACCCAUCAGGAAUAUAAUCCCCAACUUCACCAACAAUAUCUUCAGCAACAGAAUCAACAGCAUAUCCAGCAACAGCAUCCGCAAUAUUAUGAAAAUUCACGUCAUCAGUUCAACCAACAACAGCAGUCUCAAAUGCAGACGAAGGAUGAUUUCUUCUCAUCUAAAGUAAAUAAAUACUUUAAAUACUUUAAUACUUUAAAUCGUUCAACAAUAGAUGCCGUUUUCCGCAAUAUGUUGAGUAGUGGUUAA